AUGCGCCUCUCCGCAUACUGGACUAAAACUGGCUGCGAUGUCCCCGGCCCAUCAGCGUCCUGCGCGCACAUCAUACGCAAUUCGGUCAAGAUCGACGGCUAUCCGCUUCCAGUUAAGUUUUUACGAUCGCUCGCUCUGAUCGUCUUACGCCAACGGUCCUCGAUUUUCCAGAUCACAGACCCCAGCCUCAAGUUCCGACCCCCGGGAAAGAAUUGGCCGCAGGGCUUUUACCGACGACACCCGCGGUUGAAAGCGCGACGGCUGCGAGCGAUCGAUUGGAAGCGAGAUAGCCGGCAGAUCGAAGACAAAGUACGACACUGGUUUACCAUCAUUCGUCGAGAGCUGGCCGAUCCGGCCGUUCUGCCGGAGAAUGUGUAUAAUAUGGACGAGACGGGGGUUCUUCUUAGUGUUCUCAGCACCCUCAAAGUGCUCGUCGGUAAGGACGAUUUGAGGAAGCAUCGAGGGACCACAGUGAAGCGGACGCUAGUCACGGCGAUUGAAUGUAUCUCCGCCGAAAGGUGA